UGUGUGUUUCCCGUCGGAAAUAAAUAUGUGUCGGACCAUCACACCGAACGAGGAAUAGCUGAUGACUGUAAAGCCAAUAUAAGAAACAUAUGAGGUUAUUUCGAUGGUGUAGAGGAGUUAAAGAAUUUAUGUGCUGAUAUAAUAAAAACAGUUAAAUUAUCACAGAAGCGGGCAUGCUGAAUUCGUUGCAGUAGUUGUUUAGUUGUUUAUUUUCUGAGAAAAUGUUUGCCAGACCGUUUCGUGUCAAAUCCAACACCGUAAUCAAAGGAUCAGACAGGAGAAAGCUCAAAGCUGACAUAUCCGCAGCCUUUCCUUCACUGUCUGCUGAUGAGCUGUCUGAACUGGUCCCCAACAAAGAGGAAUUAAAUGUAGUGAAGAUUUAUGCACAUAAGGGAGAUGCCGUGACACUUUUUGUUCUUCGCAAAAAUCCACUGUUCUUUGAACUGGAGAAACGCCUUUAUCCUACAGUGUAUGUGCUAUGGCGUUACCCUACUCUCCUGCCAACAUUCAGGACCUGGCCUCCUGUGCUCCAGAAAUUAAUUGGAGGGGCAGAUCUCAUGCUGCCCGGUGUGGUGGUGUCUUCAGGUGGUCUCCCAGACGUGAAACGGAGCGACUGCUGUGCUGUUACAGUAGUGAGCAAUAGAGCUCCUGUUGCAGUUGGCACUGCUGCAGUGUCCAGUGCAGAGAUGCGCAGUUUGGGUAUGAAAGGGAGAGGAGUGUGCAUUCUCCACACGUACAUGGAUAAUCUCUGGGCUUAUGGAGACAAGUCAGGUCCUCCUUCUUUACCAGAUGCAGAGAGUGAAGGACAAAGGGUUAAUGGAGAGAAAUGUGAAGUCGAUGAGGACGAGGAGGAAGAGGUUGAGAAAUGUGUGGAGGAGGAAGCGCAGCAGAGGCCCAGUGAAACAAUCACAGGUCAAGCCUGUUCUGGUAUUGAGGAGCUGAGUCUGGCUGAGCAGGAGGAAGAGAAGGGUGAAAAGUGCAAUGAGGAAGAGGAGGGGAACCACGACGACCAGAAAAUGCCACAAGAGCUAAUGGACGCCCUGCUGUUGCAGUGUUUUCUCCAUGCUCUCAAGAGCAAGGUGAAGAAGUCAGAGCUCCCUCUUCUGACCAGUACAUUUCUCCGGAACCACAUGUUCUCCUGCUGCCCAAGUGGAAAGCAACUUGAUAUCAAGAAAUCCAGCUAUAAAAAGCUGUCUAAGUUUCUACAGGCCAUGCAGCAGCAGCAUAACCUUGUGCGAGUAAAAGAACUGACCAAGGGUGUGGAGAGCAUUGUGGAGGUGGACUGGAAAAAUCCAGAACUGCGUUACUUCAGCGUUCCCGAGGAGUCAGAUGUUGAAGCGACUCCGGUGCAGGAUGGCGGGGAAGGAGAAAAUCUGUACCAUCCUCCUGAGAUCACAACUCUGUACUCUGUGUCAGCUCGAUUGGAGCCUCUCUUUCUGGAUGUAAACAAAAGGAAAGGAACAAUACUGCAGCCUGCUGAAGUGAGAAACAUUGUCACAGAGUAUGUGAAGAAGAAUGAACUGGUGGAUGAAAAUAAUAAGAAUUACGUGACCAUAAACCCUACUCUGUGCGACUGCUUGCUGGAGAAAUCAGAGUACCAGGAGGUAGAGUCUCUCAAAUGGGAUGACCUCUUUAGCAGGACGUUGGGAAGAAUGCAAGAGUGUUAUCAAGUUGUAUUCCCUGGACAAGCACCCAUAAAAAAGAAGGGCCACAUUGAGCCCAUAGACAUCUCUGUGGCUUCUCGAGGCUCCAAUAAGAAGGUGACUCUAAUAAAGAACCUGGAAGUGUACGGUUUGGAUCCUGCAGUUGUGGCCACUGCUUUGCAGCGCAGAGUCCAGGCCAGCUCUGUCUUACAGCCCAUCCCUGGGGCCAAGGACAAAGUCCUGGUCCAGAUCCAAGGCAACCAGAUUCAUCAAGUUGGCAAUUUGCUGCUAGAUCAUUAUCAAAUUCCUCGCAAGUACAUCCAAGGACUAGACAAAGCUUCAAAAGGUGGCAAGAAGAAGUAGCAUUUCACCCUGCUGUAACAAACAUUACCUGUCUUUAAAGCUGCUUUACUUAACUGCUUUACUGCUAUAUGUAAACACAACCACAACAAACUUGUCGGCCAUUCAUGUAAUAAAGAUUGACUGUCCUCUUCUGAAGAUUGAUGAAUGAAGCCAUUAGUCUUUGUUCUGAUUUGGCUCCCAGAGAGUAAAGUUACUGAUGGGAUCAUUUAAACCAGAACAGCAUUGUUUCACCGCAAGGUAAUUAGUUUCAGAUGGUGAAGAGACUUUUGGAGAAAACUCUUCUCUCAGGUUUAGACAUUCAAAACCAUCAGAUUAAAGUGAAACUGAUCAAACACUGAUGUCAGUCUUAUACCCAGUUUAAUGCUGUGUCCAAAAAAGUUUUAUAUUUUCAGCAGUAAAAGCAUUUGAGAGGAUGGUUUCAAUAUAAAUAAACAAGUUUCAUUACAUUAGGUUACAAUGUUUCUCAAAGGAUUUGACAUAAGUUCUCCAAUUUCUGGUUGAUGUUUUUAAAACAAUUUCUACAUUUUUUGUUAACACAUUUUUAACAACCCAAAUUUAUAUAAAAGUCACAUGGUGCUUUCUUAAGAAUUAAUCAGCUGUUGAUGUGACUGUAUUCAGCUUUUAACAUUUUUAUUGAAUGUUAUAGUUUGUGGAUGAAAUGGUUUCUAUAUAGACACGUUCUUCACAAAUUUGAAUAAAAGCAUAGUUUUAAAUACAAAAAA